GCCAUUUCCACCCCACGCACACAAGUAAGGCCGUGAAAGCAAAAGGUAAUCGAUGCCACCCGCCGGCGCCGGACACGCCACUCCACCAUGCCAUCGCCGCCGCCCAGCCCCGCGCCGUGUAUAUAUAUAACAUGGAACCAAGCUGCAAAUCAAGCAAAUCCACAGUGCAGCCAGCUACCAGUGAGAACUGAGAACUCAGCUCACAGUGAAGUGAGUGAAGUGUUCGAGCUUAGCAAAGCUAACAUGUCGGAGAACCAGCAGCAGGGUCUUCUGGGAUCGUCGUCCUCGAACACGGCGGCGUCAAGGUGGAAGGAGAUGCACGGGGAGAGAUCAUGGGAGGGGCUGCUGCGGCCAGCCCUGGACGUCGAUCUCCGACGGACGGUGAUCUGGUACGGGGAGAUGGCGCAGGCGACCUACGACGCCUUCAACCACGAGCGCGUCUCCCCAAACGCCGGGCUCUCGCGGUUCCGCCGGGGCCGGUUCUUCCACGGCGCCAUGCUCCCGGACCACGCCGGCGCCUACAAGGUCACCAGGUUCCUCUACGCCACGUCGUCGGCGCCUGGCCACGCGGCGGCGUUCAUGGUGAGAGGACGUGGAGGACACGUCAGCUGGCGAGCUGCUGCAGGAGGACACGUCAGCGGGGGCGGGUGUAGGGAGUCCAACUGGAUCGGGUACGUGGCGGUGGCGACGGAGGCCGGGAAGGCGGCGUUGGGAAGGCGGGAUAUCGUGGUUGCGUGGCGUGGCACGGUGGAGAGCUUGGAGUGGGUUGAUGACCUUGAGUUCGCCAUGGUGGCGCCGAGGGGGAUAGUUAAGGAUGGAUGUGAGGACGCCCUUGUCCACCGUGGUUGGCUCUCCAUGUACACCUCCACCCACCCUGCCUCCAGCCACAACAAGGACAGCGCCAGAGACCAGGUGUUAGGUGAGGUAAGGAGGCUGGUGGAGAUGUACAAGGAGGAGGAAGUGAGCAUCACCGUGACGGGACACAGCCUUGGGGCGGCUCUGGCCACGCUCAACGCCUUCGACAUUGCCGAGAACGGCUACAACACGGCCAUACGCGCCGGCGCUGCCCCGGGGCCGCGGGCAACGACAUUCCCCGUGGCCGUGUUCGCUUUCGCCAGCCCGCGCAUCGGCGGCGCCGGCUUCAAGAAAAGGUUCGCCGCCGCCGCAAUAGCAAGCCCCCUCCGGGUCCUCCGCAUCCGCAAUGCCCGCGACAUCGUACCCAAGUAUCCGGCGUUGUUGUACCACGAUGUGGGAUGCGAGCUAACGAUCGACACGGGCGCGUCGCCGUACCUGAAGGCUCCGGGGAACGAGCGGGUGUGGCACAACCUCGAGAGCUACUUGCAUGGGGUGGCCGGGGUUCCGGCGUCCGGAGCACCGUCGUCAGGGUUCGAGCUUGUUGUGGCGCGGGACGUGGCGCUGGUGAACAAGGCGUACGACGCGCUGAGGGAGGAGCACGGGGUGCCGGCGGGGUGGUGGGUGCCGCAGAACAAGGGCAUGGCCAAGGGCGAUGAUGGGCGGUGGAGGCUGCUGGACUGCGACGAGGAGGAUGAGGAAGACGAUGCAUGCUGUCGUCACAGUGAAUAAAUGAACAGAAAGUAAUUCUUACUAAGAAGAAACUACUCCCUCCGAUUCUAAAGUUUUGUCGUUGUUUUACUGCAAAUUUGAACUAAAAUCAUGACAAGAAUUUAGAAUCGGAGUGAGUACACAUCCAGUAAUGUUGGUUACUAGGUCUCUACUACAUCUUGUUGGUACAAUAUCUUGUUGGUACAAUAUCAUACACUAAAAAGAAAAAUUGAAAUUAAAAUGAGGACUCCAGUGUUCAGGAAAUCAUCCUAGCUAGAUAAAUCCUUUGUUGGCUGAUAGGGACUGUACUGGGAGUUUUUCCUGAACCUACGUAAUAUUCAUAUGAUCUCGAUUAAAUAGAAAAAGUAUGUGUAUUAAGUUUAAACUUUGUUAUUCUCCUUUUUGGAACAGACGACCACGUCUUUUUUUUUGGAA